AUGGUCACUACAGCCGUCUCCGCCUCGCGCGUCGCCGAACCUGCGACGGUCGCACACCCGCCGACGCGUCGGGCGGCGGCGGCGCCGACCUGUCGCGUGCCGAACAUUGUCACCAUCACCGCCGCCGUCCUCGGCGUCGCCCUCGGAUUCGCCCUCCAGAGGAGCGACCUGUCGCCGCGCGUCAUCUUGUUUAUAUACUUUCCGGGCGAGAUCUUGCUGCGCAUGCUACAAAUGCUCAUCCUACCGCUCGUCACCGCCAGCAUCGUUUCCGGCAUCGUCGGACUGAGAGCGGACACUUGCAAGAGGAUGAUUGCGCGUACUGUUUGCUACUACGGUGGGACUACUAUGGCCGCUACGGUGGUUGGGCUUACUCUGGUGGCGACGAUAAAACCCGGAAAUAGAACCGGAAGUGAGUGUGUGGAUAUCACGAGGGAUGAGGACAGAGAGAGUUUGCAGAGUGUUGACGCGUUUCUAGAUCUCGUUAGAAACAUGUUUCCUGAUAACCUGAUUGAGGCUGCUUUCCAGCAUGUCUACUCUGUGGAGACAGAUGUGAUCAAAUACCGACGUUGUAGUAACGUUAACAUUAUCCCAACAGCUUACGCAACAGCCAACAUCACAGCCAACGCAACAGCCAGCGCAACAGCCAGAGCAACAGUCAGCGCAACAGCCAGCGCAACAGCUAACGGGUUGAAGCAGACUACUGUGAUGUUGGUUGAAAGAGACGGCAUGAAUGUUCUCGGAUGGGUUGUGUUUUCGAUUGCCUUGGGAAGCGUUCUGUUGAAAAUGGGAAAACAGGGUGAACCUUUACGACGGAUCUUCAUUGCUCUGGAUGAAGCAAUAUUGAGGCUCAUAACAGUCGUUAUGUGGUACUCUCCAGUCGGCAUCUUCUCUCUAACAGCCGCCAAAAUGGCCGAAAUCGACAAUUUCCACACCAUCUUCAAAAGCAUUAGCUUCUACUUCUUGACCGUGUGCAUCGGCCUGUCUUUCCACGCCUUCAUCACUCUCCCUCUCAUCUAUUUCACACUCACGAGAAAGAAUCCCAUCAAUAUGCUUCGAAGCGUUACAGAAGCACUGAGCUUCGCCUUCGGCACAAGCUCGAGCGCUGCCACGCUGCCUGUGACUAUAAAGUGUGUUGAGACAGAAGCAAAUAUCGACCAGCGAGUGUCUCGAUUUGUUCUUCCAAUGGGAGCGACAAUUAACAUGGAUGGCACCGCUCUGUAUGAAGCGGUUGCCGCCAUUUUUAUCGCACAGUACAACAAUAUCUCGCUCACUGUUGGGCGGAUAAUCACCAUCAGCAUCACAGCAACGUUCGCCGGCAUAGGAGCAGCUGCCGUACCUCAAGCCGGUCUCUACACCAUGGUUAUUGUCCUAGCAGCAGCCGGUCUACCACGUGACGACAUCAGUCUCAUCCUAGUAACAGACUGGUUUCUAGAUCGAUUUCGUACGACCGUCAGCGUCAUGGGAGACGUCUACGCAGCUGGCAUCGUCCAGCACUUCUCUCGCCAGCAGCUGGCCAUCAAAGAGAGCAAACCAAGCACAAAGAAAAAGAAAACCAAUAAGAAAGCGGAAAAGAAGUCUAAACCCAAGAAGAAAAAGACAGCCAAAGGCAAAGUGCCCAUCAUUGUAUACAGCGAUGAAGACGCAGACGUCGUACAUGUACACAGCAAAUCCAUCACACCCGACAUUCCAUACCUACAGACUGUGCCAACACCGGACAUCACACAGCUACAAGCGACACCAACACACUUGACCCCGAUUAAUUCCCCAACACGUUUGACUCAAAGUCUACGUGUCUCACCAACACACGACAUCCCACGUCUCGAUGACCGAAACAGUCCGUACCCUCAGACCGGGCUUGAACUCCAAAGCAUCAGUCAACACAAACAAGUGGAUCGUCGACCGAACUUAAACGUCGACAAUCAACUGACGGCCGUCGAAGUGCCGAUUCACAUGCCCCUGCACGGUAUGAAGUCGGCCAGUCAAAAGUCGGUGUCGCCGACUCCUUUUCCAGAGCCGUUCAGCGCUUUCUUGGCAUCAGGCAGACGACCGUCUGCACGACGGGUGUCACAUACGUGAACGUGUAAUGGC